UGCCUCGCGCGCCGCGUUGACGUUGCAACGCCAACGGGACCGUAGGAGAGUUGUUGUCUGGCACUGUGUGGACUUCAUUUCUUUAUUUAGAAAAGUCAAGAGGGUGAAAAUCCCGAAGGUGCAGCACUUUCAAAUAAAGCACUGAUGUACCCAGUUGUCUUGGAGGCAGCUGGAAGGGCAGAGGACUUGCCCCUCUCCUGCCCCCAGACCCCGCCUGACCCAGAGGAGCCUGAAUGGAAGGCUCGGUACCAUCACAGCCUUCAGCUGCUUAAGCCUUUUAGGAUCACAAACAAGCACCAGCACCCGGUGGACAAUGCCGGCCUGUUCUCCUCCAUGACCCUGCGCUGGCUGUCUCCUCUCGCCUGGCAGGCUCACAGGGCCUCGCGCCUCACCGCCGACGACGUGUGGGGCCUGUCGCGACACGAAGCCUCAGACACCAACUUCAGCAGGCUGGAGGCUCUGUGGCAUGAGGAGGUGAAGAGGAAGGGCAGAGAUGACGUGUCUCUCUCCCGUGUCUUCUGGAGGUUCUGUCAGACCCGCGUAGUGGUGGGCGUCUUUUGUCUGUUCCUCACUACGGUCGCUAGCUUCGCUGGAGCCGCUGUGCUGAUCCGGGCGCUCCUGGAGCACUGCCAGGGUCCCGAGCAGAGACUGCUGUAUGGCCUGGCCUUGGUGGGCGGUAUUUUUCUCAUGGAGCUGGCGCGCUCCUGGACCAUGGCCCUCAUGUGGUCCAUGAACUACCGCACUGCCACCCGCCUGAGGGGGGCAGUACUCAUGUUCGCCUUCCGGAAAAUCUUGCGUCUGCGCAGCACCAAAGACAUCAGCCCGGGUGAGCUGGUAAACAUUUGCUCCAGUGAUGGCCGGAGGCUCUUUGAUGCUGUGGUCAUGGGGUCCCUGAUGGCCGGGGGGCCACUGGUAGCCCUCCUCAGCAUCUCCUACACCACCUACUCUCUGGCACCAACAGCGAUUGUGGGCUCAGUCAUAUUUAUCAUCUUCUAUCCCUGCAUGAUGCUGGCGUCCCGUCUGACUGCCUACUUCCGAAGGAAGUGUGUGGCAGUCACGGACCGGCGUGUCCGACUGAUGAAUGAGAUCCUCGCUAGUGUCAAGUUCAUUAAGAUGUACUGCUGGGAAUCAGCCUUUGCCAGCAACAUCAGUGAGGUCCGUAAAGAGGAGAGGGGGAUAUUGGAGCAGGCGGGCUAUGUUCAGAGUCUCACCACAGGUGUAGCUCCAAUCGCGGUGGUGAUUGCCAGCGUGUGCACGUUCACUCUGCAUAUGGCCCUGGGCAAUGAGCUUACCGCAGCACAGGCCUUCACCGUUGUGGCCGUGUUCAACUCCAUGACCUUCGCGCUAAAGAUCACGCCCCUUGCCGUGCGCUCUCUAUCAGAGGGCGCUGUCGCCGUCAAAAGAUUUCAGAGGCUGUUCAUAAUGGAAGACCGAGAGACGAUCCCGGCCAAGAUGGAGGACCCCAAGAACGCCGUGGAGUUCCGGGACGCCACACUAGCGUGGGAGAGAUAUCGCCCCCCGCAGGUCAAAGACAGUGGCACACAGGAGGGGUGGAGAGGCAGGGGCAUGCGCAGGGUGCUCCGCAGGGAGAAGCUUAGCCUCCACAACACCUCGGAGGAGGAGAAAGACAAAGGCGAGGGUCCCAAUGCCGAGCGCCUCCUCACACAAGUGGAGCAGGACAUCCCGCAGAGCACCGUCUCCUCCGACCAGAGCUUCUGCCCGCCACUCCACAAAACCCUGCAGAACAUCCACCUACGCCUCCGCAAGGGUGUGCUGGUGGGGGUCUGUGGUGGUGUGGGCAGUGGAAAGACCUGCCUGCUCUCUGCUCUCCUGGGCCAGAUGACCCUGCUGGGUGGGGCGGUGGCUGUGAACGGGGGCGUGGCCUACGCAGCCCAGCAGGCCUGGAUCCUCAACAGCUCCCUGCGGGAAAACAUCCUGUUUGGGAGAGAGUACAUCAAGGAAAAGUACAACAGCGUUCUGGAGGCCUGCUGUUUAAUUCCGGAUAUUGGCGAGCUGCCGAAUGGUGACAUGACGGAGAUCGGUGAGAGGGGCGCCAACCUGAGCGGAGGCCAACGUCAGCGGGUGAGCCUGGCACGGGCGCUGUACAGCGACAGGCCCAUCCUACUACUGGACGACCCGCUCAGCGCCGUGGAUGCCCACGUGGGCACGCACCUCUUCCACAGCGCCAUCUGCAGAGCAGCUGGGGAAAAGACUGUCAUCUUUGUUACGCACCAGCUACAGUACCUGGAGGAGUGUGAUGAGGUGGUGAUGAUGAAGGACGGGCAGGUUGUGGAGCACGGCACGCAUGCCCAGCUGUUGAGCCGAGGCCACGACUACGCCACACUCUUCACCAGCGUCCAGCAGGAGAACCUGGCAUGGAGAAACCUGAGGAACCUGCAGAGGGGAGAUGAAGACAGCUCGCCGCUCCGUGACCCGACCUCCACCCCGCUGGGCGCGUGGCCGACUGAGGGCAGCAGCGGAGCCCAGGACCAGCUCAUGCAGGCUGAGGAGAAGCGGAUGGGCACCGUCACCUGGGAUGUCUACGGCACCUACAUCAAGGCGGCGGGAGGAGCCCUGGCCUUAAUUGCCAACAUCCUACUCUUCCUCCUCACCACAGGCAGCAUCGCCUUCAGCAACUGGUGGCUCAGCCAUUGGAUCAGGCAGGGCAGCGGGGUGAGCGGGAGCGUGACUGUGCUCCAGGGGAACGUGAGCGCCGGGUUGGAUAGUAUGAGUCUGAGGCACCAUGUCCACUACUACUGUGGGGUGUACGCUCUGUCCAUGGCAGUGACCCUGUUGCUCAAGGCCGCGAGGGCUGUUGUGUUUGUUAAGUGCACCAUGCGGGCGGCGUCAAACCUGCACGAUAAGCUGUUUAAGUCUGUCCUCUUUUGCCCCAUGCGCGUGAUUGACACCAUACCCCUGGGACGGAUCCUCACGCAUUUCUCCAAAGACAUGGACGAAGUGGAUGUGCAGCUGGCCAUGCAGGUGGAGAACCUGGUGCAGAACCUCACGCUGGUGCUCUUUUGUCUGGCCGUAGUGAGCGCCGUGUUUCCCUGGUUCCUGAUCUCCAUCGUGCCUCUCGUCGCCUUCCUCUACACUGUCAAUCGCAUCUCCAGGGUUCUGAUUCGUGAGCUGAAAAGGCUGGAGAACAUCAGCCAAUCGCCUUUCACCUCUCACAUCACCACCAGCCUGCAAGGUCUGUCCACCAUCCAUGCUUACGACAGGGGGGCGGACUUUCUGCACAGAUAUCAGGUGCUGCUGGACACUCAGCAGGCGUCCCACUACCUGUUCAGGUGUGCCGUCCGUUGGUUGGCUGUUCGUUUAGACUUCAUCAGUAUCGUGCUCGUUACCGUGGUAGCACUCCUCAUCCUCUUCACGCAUGGGCAUAUCCCUCCAGCCUAUGCUGGCCUUGCCAUCUCCUACGUUGUGCAGCUCACAGGCCUGUUUCAACUUACUGUGAGGCUUGUGUCUGAAACAGAGGCCCGCUUCACAUCAGUGGAGAGGAUCAAUCAUUACGUAACGAACUUGGAGACGGAGGCAGUUCGGCAGGUGCACGGCCCCUCCGCUACUGCGCCUGGCUGGCCACAGAGGGGCGCCGUCGCCUUCCGGAACGUGGAGAUGCGCUAUCGACCCGAGCUCCCCCUGGUGCUGAAGAACCUCUCCUUCAGCAUCCUGCCCGAGGAGACAGUGGGCAUCGUCGGCCGGACUGGUUCAGGAAAGUCUUCGCUCGGUGUAGCGCUGUUCCGGCUGGUGGAGCUCAGCGGAGGAUCCAUCGUCGUUGAUGGUGUCAACAUCGCUCACGUGGGACUGGAGCACUUGAGAAGCAAGCUGUCAGUCAUCCCCCAAGAGCCGGUCCUCUUCGUCGGCACUGUCAGGUCAAACCUGGACCCCUGGGGACAGUACACAGAUGCACAGGUCUGGGAAGCCCUUGAGAAAACAUACAUUAAGGACAUGGUAAGCCAGUUGCCGAACUCUUUGCACUCAGAGGUGCUGGAGAAUGGUGAAAACUUCUCAGUGGGAGAGAGGCAGCUGCUGUGUGUGGCCAGAGCCCUGCUCAGACGCAGCAAGAUCCUGCUGCUGGAUGAAGCAACUGCCGCCAUCGACACCGAGACCGAUCGGCUCCUGCAGGAGACCCUCCGCUCCUCGUUUGAAGCCUGCACCACCCUGGUCGUCGCCCACCGCCUCAAUACUGUCCUCAGCUGCGACAGAGUGCUGGUUCUGGACCAGGGCCAGAUCCUGGAGUUUGACAGCCCGUCAAACCUGCUGGCGGAUGAGCGCUCGCAUUUCCAUGCCAUGAUGGAGGCAGCAAACAAGAAGUUUGGAACCUCCGAGCAGAAGUGAGCAGAGCACAGAUCGGAGCAGGCUUCAGCUGCUCCGCCAGACUCCCGCAGUGCGAGACUGAGCUAAGCGUUCUCCUAAACCUGCUGAGAACACUCAGCCCAGUCAUAGCAUAAAACCCCCUUCUACAAGCGGCUCGGUGCCAGGAUGUUUGCGUUGUGCUCAGACCAGCAACUGGAUUCUUGUUCACCACAGUCCUGGUCCUAAAGUGAACCAGCAUUGACCAGUUGAACAUUUUUCCUAAUUAAACUCCUGAACGGCUUAAGUACCUGAUUUGUUUAAUCAGGUCUGCUACAGCAGAGACAUUAAGCUACACUUUGCAGGGGGAACUCAAAGAACUGUG